AUGGCAGCAUCCUCGAGUCUGAAGAAUCUAAAUCAUAGACCUAUGACAUCAAUAAAAUCUAGGGCUUAAAAUAAUAACAACAACAAUAACAAUAGCAGCAAUUCGAAGUAAAAAUAGCCAUAGCAGAGUUAGUUGAAAUCUCUACAUACCAAAUCAACUGCAGCUGCUAGUGUUAUACUGAAUUAGCAAUCGGCUGAAGAUGGAGAAACUACAUCUAAGUAUUUGAAGUCUAUUAUUAAAAAUCAUUCGAAUCAAGUGAAUAUGUAAUCAGAAUAAAAAUAAGUUUAAAACUUAAAGACAUCUGAAAAGAAGAAGUUGUCUCGACCACAAUCAAUUAUAAAAAACAUUACUCAGCAAAUUGGGAAAAACUUCUCAACUUUAAAUACAGAUGCGAUAGUAAACAAGCAAAAUAAAAUGAAUCAGAACUUAACUAUUCCAAUAAAGGGGUCAUUUGGGAGUAUACUGCCAUAAAACUACGAAAGACCAAAGGAUUCACUGUUAAUUGUAGAUGACGAUGAGAGUUCCUUUACAUCGAAGACUAAUACUAUGAAGCAGAAUUCAACUAAAAAUAAUAUUGCGACUUUGGCUUUGUAAAGAAAGAAGAAUUCCCAAUCAUUAUCUAUAACAAGUACUAAGGCUAAAUAGCUAAGUAAUUAGCUAAAGAAUUCUCACUCUGAGGCAUAAAUUACUAAGCGAUUCAAACAAUAAAGUAACGACGACAUUAAUAAAGAAGAUAUCUAUAACAAUACAAACAGUAGCAUGAAGUCCCCUACUCUGGAGAAGUUCAAAGAUAUCAUUAAGACUUCAACAAGAAACUUCAUUAUGAAUAAUAAACAAGUAAUUAGGGACACCUAGAUAAAUAAAGAGGAGCUCGAGACUAUAUUAGUACCCAAGGAUGAAAUCACUGAACUAGAUGAGGUUAAGAGAGAUUACUAUGAAAAAAUUGAAGAAGAGAGGAAGAGGUCCUCAAGGUACUUUAAAGUUAGAGAUUAUGACUAGUGCAAGAAGCAUAUUGAUUAUGUAAUUGACAUUGCUAGUCAUGCCUAUGAUCUUGAAACUCUAAGGGACUCGUUUCAUUUGAAGGCAUUGGUGUGCAUAUUCUUUGAUGACUAUGAAGAGGCACUGAUUUCUUUCAAGAAGUUAAGAGAUGUAGCAAGUGAGGAGGAAAAUGAUCAUGCCAAAAUGCAAGCAUAUGAUAAUAUGGGCAGAUGCUACAAUGCAAUGAAGAAUUAUGAGAAUGCAGUGAAAUGCCAUAAAAAGCAACUAGAACUUUCUUGGAAAAAUAGUGACAUAUAAGAAGAACUUCGGGCAUAUGAGUAACUUGGAAUAUAGCAUUAUUACCUUGGAAAUCUUGAAAGAUCGAAGUAUUAUAACGAAAGGUGCAUGAGAGGCAUUGUAGAGAAGAAAGACUCUAAAAUCAGGCUUAUGUAUGAGGAUUAUGGUAAGACUCAGAUCUACUAGAGAUAGGAUAGAGUAACGUUCAAGAAGUUGAAAGAGAUUUUAGAGUCCUUUUCAAAAAUUAAAAAUGAUCUUGUGAGGAAUCUUAAGAAAAAGAUCAUUGCUACUACUUAUGGCACAGGCAAUCUCCAAGAAGCACUAGAUUUCUAUAGAAAUGGCCUUCAUCAAAGAGAAAGACCUAUCAAGUUGAGAGAAGGCUCAGUUAUAUCAGAGCUCUCAAUGACUAUGCUUCCCUCACCAAGAAUGGUUAUAGAAGACAAUAAGAUGAAAAAUGCUCAGUUAUUGCCUUAUUAUUGUGAUUAAGUCGACGACAGAGAUGAUGCAUAGAAAAAAGAUAAGUUUCAACUUGUGGUUGCAAGAAAUCUUAGUAAAAAGGGCAAUCUUUAGACUGCAAGUAAGGGUUUGUUUAAAAUAGCUGAAUAAUAUGGUGGCUAAUUUAUCAGUGAACUCUAAGUAAUGAAUAGAGGAAAAGUAAAAAAUAAUGAAGUACUAGAAAAGUUCCGACAGCAACGCUUGAAAUCUAUGAAUAUUAAAGGUGAAGUUGAUAUGAAAGAUGUCCUGAGGAAGGCCAGGCUUAGAUCAGAAAAGUAAAACUCUCAUAUCUCUAUAAAUCAUCUGAGUCCUAAUAGAAAUCUUAGGCAUUUCAGAGAAAAUGAGGAUUUAAAGAAUCAGGAAACCUAAAACUAAUUUCAAGUUGUAGAGAAUGACCUCAGAACGAAAGUAUCACUUAUUGAGAACACUCCAGUGAAACUAGAUUUGCUGAAUGAGGAAUAAGCAAUCAGACUUAUCGAGGGAAAUGGUAACAGACAUAUCAAAGUAAAAAACAGUAUGCUAAGAAAGAAAACAACGAUUGGAAGUAAUAAUUUUACCAACAAUGUGAGAAAGCUAAGCAUGUUUAGAAAUAUGACUAAUACAAAUUUGCAUAAUAUACCUGGAUCCGGAGGUCAUGCUAACAAUAGAUUUAGCCUAAUUGAGGGAAGUGGAUCUAAUGCCACUUAGAUUACAAGCAAUCGACAGCAAGACGUUUAUAGAAACUCUUCUUAAAAAGUUGAUAUUACUUUAAUGUCUACAUUGAGACAACCUCAGAACAUGAGACUCAAAAGGUUUAAUGAAUAAAUCAAUAAUACCCUUUCAAAUACAUUGAACCUAAAUAUGUAGAGAGGUGGAAGUAGAAAUAUGUAUUAGUAAUAGAAUACUAUGCUUGUGUCAAAUGAUGUGAUAUAAAUUUAGAAGAAAAAUACAAUGAUAACUAGUGGUGAUAAUACGAAGUCAUCUUUAAAUAUGUUUUAAAAAGUAAUGAACUCAAUGAUUAACCUAUGA